AUGCUACAACUGCCAAGAAAUCGGUCACAAGGCCUUCUCAUGCAAGAAACCGCAGACCUGCGGUUUCGCAAGAGGGGUAUCAACAUCUUGACCGCGACAAGCUUAGGGAGAGUCCUUGGAACCGCCAGUGCGAACGCUCAAGUCGGUAACAUAUGCAAGAGAGAUGGCAUACUUCCGCCCUGGCAAGCCGGACACGUGAGCUCCUUCGAGGAUCCUGCCAAAGUCGAGAAGGACCCGGUGCGCCGGAGAGCCCUCAAGGACUUUCGAGCAAAACAGACAGCUGCUGUGGAGGGAGAACCACGAAAGCAACGUAGCCAGAGUGACAGCUCGGAAGGACAGCUGGGCCUAUCGGAUGCGAGCGAGCAGCGUCUGCAGCGGCUAGAGGUCAUGAUGAUUGACCUGGCGGAAACGCAAAAGACCAUGAACAAGACCAUGACCAAGACAAUGGCCACUAUGGCAGAGAUGUUCGAACGAUUUAUGCGAGCGAACAUGACGUCUCUCGAGGCAUCCGGCAAAUAA